AGGGAAGGAAAGAAGGAGGGAAAGAAGGAAAGAAAGAAGGAGCCGCGGAACGGAGGGCAAACCAGGCAGGGCAGGACCCCGAACCAUCAUACUAACAAUAACAAUAAUAGUUUUAGACAGGCCACUUCUCCCUUCCUUCUGCCAAUUGCCAAGGUCAGGAUCCUCCAGCCUCUGCUUGCCAAGGUCAGGAUCCACCUUUGGCGUCUCUGGCUCCAGAUCGAGCAACAGCAACGACUCCGAGAGAGAUAACCCGAGACGAACCCGGGACAAAGAGGGAGGGUCGUGUGGAAGCAAGGCGAGAAAGGAGGGAGGGAUGAGGACGCCGCCUCUGCUCACCUGGACCUUUUCCUUGGCUUAUUUAGCCGGCACAGGGUUGGCAGCCUAUUUCUUCCAACAGCCCAUGGACCAAGUGAUCGUAUCUGGGCAGUCGGUGACGCUAGCCUGCGUGGUUAUGGGCUACCGUGGCAUGGUUCAGUGGACCAAGGAUGGACUAGCCUUGGGGGGAGAAAGAGACCUGCCUGGUUGGUCCCGCUAUUCUAUUGUUGGUGAUGCCUCUGCGGGGCAACACAACCUGCGGAUUGACUAUGCUGAGCUGGAUGAUGAUGCCAUUUAUGAAUGCCAAGCCACACAGGCAGCACUGCGAUCACAGCGAGCCAAACUUACUGUGCUCAUACCUCCCAAUGACCCUGAGAUCUACAAUGGUCCAGUUGUGCAUGUGAUAUCCAACAUUCCCUACAACCUCUCCUGUCGUGCUGCUGGUGCCAAGCCAGCUGCUGAGAUCAGCUGGUACCGUGAUGGGCAGCGGCAAGACUCUGCUGUAUAUUCUAAGGCCCUGAUGGAUGAUGGCAAGCGAGAAGUGGCUGUCAGCACCCUCCUCCUGACCCCAAGCAGCCGGGACAUGGGUAGUUCCUUUACUUGCCGAGUCAGCAAUCCAGCAGCCCCAGCUGGCAAACAAACCACAGUCACUCUCAACGUGCAAUAUCCACCUGUUGUAAUCCUGUCUGUGCAACCACAGACUGUACCUGAGGGUGGCAAAGUGAGCUUCCUCUGCACAGCUACCUCCAACCCUGAAGUGACUGGUUACAGGUGGGCAAAAGGGGGAGUGCCAGUCCCAGAGGCCAAUGGUGACAGCUAUGAAGCAACAGUUGAUCAAUCCUUCUUCACUGAGCCUGUGUCGUGUGAGGUUUCAAACGCUGUUGGCAGCACCAAUGUCAGUACGCUGGUGGAUGUGCAUUUUGGGCCUCGCCUUAUCUCUCAGCCCAAACCUCUGACUGUAGAUGUUGGCUCAGAUGCCUCUUUCACCUGUACCUGGACUGGAAAUCCACCUCUCACCCUGGCCUGGACUAAGAAGGGAUCUAGUGUGCAGGUGCUGAGCAACGGCAAUACACUGCACCUCAAGGCAGUGACGCAGGAGGACGCCGGCAUUUAUAUGUGCAAAGCCAUCGUGCCACGCAUUGGAGUUGCUGAGAAGGAGGUGACGCUGGCUGUGAACGGUCCUCCCAUCAUCAGUGCAGGACCAAGCCAGCAGACUGCAGUGGGUGCCAAGGCACGGCUGGAGUGCUUGGUGGGAAGCAUACCUCCUCCAGACAGGAUUGCAUGGGCAUGGGGUGAACGAAUACUGGAUACCGGCUCACUGGAUCGUUUCACAGUGGACACCGUGGUGACAGACCAAGGGGUGCUCUCAGCUUUGCUGAUCGACCCGACUCACGAUGCCGAUUUUGCACUCCCCUACAACUGCACAGCUUGGAACCGCUUUGGGGCCCGCUCCGCUGCAGUCAGCUUGCGACGCCAAGAGGUCUGGUCUGUCCUGAUUUUGGGUGCCAUGUCUGCCUCUGGAGUUGCUGCUCUUCUGAUCUUGGUUGUCUUUGCCUCUCUCUGCUAUCGGCGCAAGCACUGCAGAAAAGCCAAGCGUGGAACACAGCUCUCCAAGGCUGACAUCCUAGUACAGAUCACAACGACUGAGAGUAGCCCAAGUAGGCCAAGUGAGACAGAAGACGAUGGCAAGGAGCCCAUGGCCACCAGCAGCGAGUCGCCAGCUACAUCCCACACUGAGCACAGCGAAAUCCUGGAGGAUGACGAAGGGAGCCAAGAGCUGAAGGAUCCCACCAAUGGUUACUACAAGGUCCGCGCACAUGAAGAACCAUGUUUGGGAAGCAGCUUCUCUGAAUAUACGCCAGCCCCCCGACCGUUGUUUGGGGCAACUUCUCUAUAUCCUUCCACAGGCCCAGUGCAGCCAAAACUGUAUGAAUAUACUCACCGUUACACCUUGGGCACACCUGGUUCCCGCUCUGCCUACGAUCCCCAUGAGCGGCUUUUUCCUCAGGAAAACAUGUACAGUGGGACAGCCUACCUCACCGCACCCUACAGUCGGGCAUUCACCAGUUAUGUCAAGCCAAGCAACUAUGAAAAAGCUGAGAGUGGGUAUGAGCAGUCAGACCAAGCCAGCAAGGCCUCUGGAUGCUCGCGCUUCUCCUAUACCUCCUUGUCCCAACAGUCUGACUAUGGGCGACCUGCUCAUCAACGCAUGCAAACCCAUGUAUGACUCGGACCUGGCCCCUGCCAAAUACCUUUCACCUUCAGAAAGGAGUAAAAGAUACCCACUUGGGCUUAUUGACUUCACACAGUCAAGUGAUAGACCUCAACCUCAUCCUGAGGCAACACCAUUUUCAUCAUCCUGUCCGAGGAAGAUGGCAAGACACUGACUCAACAAACUACCAGAGACAGCCAAGAUAGCAGACAGACUGCCUGCCAUCUUCCAGCUAGAGCCAAGACUGUGAGGAAACCAAUAGAAGCUGUUUUUCUUCAUGUGUCAGCACAUGAAAGUGAACUAAAAAUGGCAAAGGAUGCAGUUCUCUGAAACAGAAAAGGCUGCUCUGGAUCAUGGAGACAGGACUGUGUUGGACUGCAAGAAGAAAAUUAAAAUGGUGGAUAGUGAUGGUUGUCAGGAUGAGGGGAAGCGUUAGCAUAAAGAAGCCAAUGGUGCACAAUAUGGUGCUCCAACCACCUCGGAAAUGGGACAACAUGAUACUUGUUAUUGACCCCCCAAUAGAGUUGCCCCAAGCUCAAUCUCCAGCCAUAAAGGCAACACUGUCCUAAAAUCGCAUGAUUCUGGGAAAUCCCUAAGCAUGGGCGCUAGUGCUUGCAUUUUAAUUUUUCCUAGCUUGACGCUGUGGCUUUAAAUUAUUCCUUCUUCCCCCUCUUUAGUAGGGGUACUUCUGAAUGGAUACAAAUGCAACUAGAUUCCCACUUGUCCCUAUUAAUCAUAAUAAUAGUUUAAAACAAAAAAUAGUGGCGUACUGCUUUCUAAUGGGACGGAAUCUGCACUACACGAACCAGACCAGGAGGCGGCAUCGGUGUUCAAUAUUUACGCCACUAAAAAACCCGAAAGGACUCCUUAGGCACCACUGUUGAAAUGAAAGGAUUAUUCUGAGGACUAAAAUCCAGUUUAAACACAAAAACCACAAAAAACCCUAAGGGCAGAGCAUGGGAAAAGGCAAGAAGCUAAAAGCUGAUAAGAUCAGUUGAUUUUGUUUGUGCGUGUCCAUGUGUGCGUGUGCAUUUUUUAUACUAAGUUAUUCCUUGUUAUUACUUUUUUUUGCCUUAAGUAUAUUUCUCUGCUGUUGGAUGUUUUUGACAUUAUUUUGCUUUGAUCUUUCCAGAAUCACUGGGGUUGGUUUAGUUUUUGCUUUGGGGUUUGUUGGUUUUUGGGGUUUUUUUAAACAUUUUUUGCUUUUUUUAGAGAAUGGGGUUUCAUGUCAGCACACUAAAGAACAUGCCUGUUUUGAGGUUGUGGUGCUUUAUCUAGGGAAACUGUAAAUGGAUUGCCUA